GAAGGGCUCAGUCCCCGCCAGCCCGCCGAGGGAGCGGCUGGUCCCUGAGCCCCAAGGAGCGACCGACCACUUUCUGGAGAUUCUGCUCCUCCCUGCUGCUCUCAUCCUUCUUGGAGCUUUCCAUCCGGACCACUGGUCCCAGUCCCUAGCAGAGACAUGGAAGAAUUUUUGCAACGCGCCAAAUCUAAACUGGAUCGAAGUAAACGAUUGGAGAAGGUCCAUGCAGUUAUUGGACCUAAGUCAUGUGACCUGGAUUCUCUCAUUUCUGCCUUCACAUAUGCAUACUUUCUGGACAAGGUCAGUCCACCUGGGGUCCUCUGCUUGCCAGUGCUGAAUAUCCCAAGAACUGAAUUCAACUACUUCACAGAGACAAGGUUUAUUUUAGAAGAGCUGAAUAUCUCUGAAUCAUUCCACAUAUUCCGAGAUGAAAUUAACCUGCAUCAGCUGAAUGAUGAAGGAAAGCUGUCCAUAACGCUUGUGGGCAGCCACGUCCUGGGGAGUGAAGACAGAACUUUGGAAGCUGCAGUUGUCAGAGUUAUUAACCCUGGUGAGCAGAGCGAUGGCGAGCUGGGGAUCCCGGAGUCUUCCUCUGCACUGGUGCUGAAGGAGCUCCUGCGAGAAGCCCCUGAGCUCAUCACCCAGCAGCUGGCACAUCUCCUCAGAGGCAGCAUCCUGUUCAAGUGGAUGACCAUGGAUCCUGAACUCCCAGAGAAGCAGGAGGACAUUCUCUCCAUCCUGGAAGAACAGUUUCCCAACCUGCCUCCAAGAGAUGACAUCAUCAGCGUGCUGCAGGAGACCCAGCUCAGUGCUCAGGGUUUAAGUAUUGAACAAACAAUGUUGAAAGACCUAAAGGAGCUGUCAGAUGGCGAAAUAAAGGUGGCCGUCAGCACUGUGAACAUGACCCUGGAGGACUGUCUGUUCCACAGCAACAUCACCAGUGACUUGAAAGCCUUCACAGACAAGUUCGGGUUUGAUGUCCUCAUCCUGAUUGCGAGCUACAUGACAACGGAGGGGCAGCCGAAACAGCAAAUCGCCGUGUACUCCCAGAACCUGGAACUGUGCAGCCAGAUUUGCUGUGAAUUGGAAGAAAGUCAGAACCCUUGCCUGGAACUGGAGCCCUUUGAAUGUGGCUGUGAUGAGAUCCUGGUAUACCAGCAGGAGGACCCUUCUGUGACCUGUGAGCAGGUGGUUCUUCUCGUCAAGGAAGUCAUCAACAGGAGGUGUGCAGAGAUGGUCUCCAACAGUCGGACAUCCUCCACAGAAGCUGUGGCAGGCAGCGCCCCCCUGUCCCAGGGCUCCUCCGGGAUUAUGGAAUUGUAUGGUUCUGACGUAGAGCCACAGCCCAGCUCUGUGAAUUUCAUAGAAAACCCCCCAGAGCUCAGUGAUUCUAAUCAAGCUCAGGUGGAUGUCAACGUAGACCUUGUUAGUCCUGACAGUGGUCUGGCCACCAUCAGGAGCAGCCGUUCAUCCAAGGAGAGCUCAGUGUUCCUCAGUGACGACAGCCCGGUGGGAGAGGGUGCUGGGCCUCACCACAGCCUCCUCCCAGGAUUUGACUCCUACAGCCCCAUUCCCGAAGGGGUUGUUGCAGAGGAACACGUGCGUUCUGGGGAACACAGUGAACACUUUGACCUCUUCAACUUUGACCCAGCACCCAUGGCUUCUGAGCAAUCCCAGCCAUCUUCCCAUUCUGCAGACUACUCGCCAGAAGAUGACUUCCCCAACAGUGAUUCAUCGGAAGGAAACCUCUCUGCAGGGCCUAAAGGACUUGGUGAGAUGGGGAUCAACAAGUCUAAUUACUCCUCCAGUUCACUUCUGUCGGAGGCUGGGAAAGACAGCCUUGUGGAAUUUGAUGAAGAGUUUGUCCAGAGACAAGAAAGCUCAGGAGAUAACUCUGAAAGAAAUUUAAGCCUGACAUGCUUUGUGGGAGAUGAACCUUCUUCCCCGCAAAGGCUGAAGAAUAUCCCUUCAGGUCCAAAGAGGAUCCCACCAACACCUAUGAAUAGCUUUGUUGAAAUCUCACCGUCGGCUGAAGAGCCAGCUCCCCUCUAUCCAGAAGAUAUGAUCCAAAAUGCAAUUGACACGGGCCACCUGGGGCCACCUCAGACCCGUACACGGUGCAGCAGCUGGUGGGGUGGCUUGGAAAUUGACUCUAAAAAUGUUGGAGAUGCAUGGAGCUCCAGUGAACAAGAGUCUGUCUUCCAGAGCCCUGAAUCAUGGAAAGAUCACAAGGCAGGCCCUGUGGAAAGGAGAACCUCAGAUUCUGCAUUCCAACCAAAGGGUUUUGGACUCCCAAAGUCAGAUCCCUGGGAAUCUGAAUUUGCUCAGCCUGAGCUGGGCAGCCAAGAUAUCCAGGACCAGAAGGAAGAGAGCUUACACUGUCAGCACCUGCCCAUAGAGAGGCCACAGUUGAUAGAUGCCUCUCCUCAAGGGACAAACCAUCUCAUAGAAGACUUUGCUGCUUUGUGGCAUUCAGGUCACUCACCAACAACGAUGCCUGAGCCCUGGGGAAAUCCCUCAGAUUCUGUUGAAGCUGCAGUUACAGUGCCCUUCCCAGCCUGGGGUGCAUUUGAUAAGAAAGAUAAUGGUGAGACUCUGCAAAAUACUUGGAAUCUUCAUCCCUCUAACAAUGAGAGGCCUUCUGUGCAGGACCCAAAUGAGUGGGCUAUGGCCAAAAGUGGGUUUUCUUUCCCUGCUGCAGAUCUACUGGACAAUCCCCUUGUUGAGGUCAAUGAAGAUGCAGCUCCAGACAUCUGGGGCAAGAAGAGCAGUGUCUCCAAGGAUAAUAUUCUUACAUCUGGAAGCCCCAUUUCUGAUCUGGGUCAAACAUGGAAUAAUUCUAGACUACCAGGAGACCAGAAUGGUUUGGUGGAUCCUGAAGCCAGAGGGAAGGUGUAUGAAAAGGAAGGUUCCUGGAACCUCUUUGAGGAGAGUGUUAAGAAAAGAGGGUCAGAUGUAUUAGCUCCUUGGGAAGAUUCCUUCUUGUCAUAUAAAUGCUCUGAUUACAGUGCAUCCAACCUAGGAGAAGAUUCCGUCCCAUCUCCCUUAGACACCAACUACUCCACCUCUGACUCUUACAUAUCACCAACAUAUGCUGGAGAUGAAAAGGAAAUGGAAAACAAGCCCUUUGCUAAAGAGAAUGGUUUUGAGGCAAAAGACACUGAUUGUCCUGCAGAAGGGGCUGAGGCUCUUGCAAUGUCACCACAACAGCCUCAGAGAAAUCGAAUUGGUUCUGGUCCUGGGAACCUAGACAUGUGGGCAUCACCUCAUGCAGAUGAUCAGCCUGAAGGAAAGGACGCACAUCACCCAGAUAAAGAUUUACUCAAGAUAGAGCGUGCAGAAGAUGAGAAUGCUUCCGUGGAGGAUGACGUAGGGGAGAGCAGCCCAUCCAGUUACGAUGACCCUAGCAUGAUGCAACUGUACAAUGAGGCCAACCGACAGCUCACCCUUCUACACAGCAACACCAACUCACGCCAGACAGCCCCCGACAGCCUCGACACAUGGAACCGAGUGAUUCUAGAAGACACACAGUCCACCGCGACAAUCUCGGACAUGGAUAAUGACUUGGAUUGGGAUGACUGCAGUGGGGGUGUGGCGAUCAGUGGCGACGGUCAAGCAGAAGGUUAUACAGCUGUAAACAGUGAACCUGAAACCCGGUUCUCAGUGAAGCAGCUGGAACCGUGGGGCACAGAGCAUCAGGAAGCAAACCAGGUAGACUGGGACCUCUCUGCCUCUGCCCAGUCCACCGGGGACACUGGUCCCAGUGAAUUCCACACCCUGAAUGAGAAGAGUGGGCAGUUAAUUGCGAACAGUAUUUGGGAUUCUGUCAUGAGAGAUAAAGAUAUGCCAUCAUUCAGAGUAUCAAGUCCACCCAAUACUACGGAUAUGGAACAAAGCACUUGGCCUCCUAAAAGUCCUGGACACUCGGUAAAUGGUGAGGGCAGUCACGUGUUAGAAGCCUCUGGACUCAGUGACUCAGCAGCACUUACAUCUCAGCCUGACGACCAGGAUGCAUGGACAGAGUCCCAAGGUGGCACAGCAUCCUUGGUGAGCAGGAGGGAAAGUCUAGAACGUAUUGCACAGUCAGAUCUGUGGACAGGCCAUACAUACGGGCAGAGUGAAAGUGAGAUGGAAGGCCCGGGAGCCUCUGGCAGUGGGCAUCUCGACAGGGAGGCAGCGGUAGGCUCUGAGGCAGACGGUGCCUCGUGGGUUUCUGGAAAAGAGCCCAGUGACCAGGAACUGUCUUUUUCAGUUGCAUUUGAACACCAAGAAAUCUGCAGUGCGUCAGGCAAAAUCAGUUCUCUUUCAGUCACCUCCAGUCCUCAGACUGAGGGACCAGUGGAAGCUUUAGAAGUUGAGAAGGAGCCUUGCACUCCAGACUCCUUUGCCAUGCAAACAGAGAAUCCCACAAGUAAUUUGCAGACAAAAGACACCCAAGAAGAAUCUCUCGUGGACCACAGAAAUUCGGAUGAAACCAUUGCAACUUCCGGUAGGAUUACUCUAAUAAAAAAUAUGCCUUUAUCAGAAAUGGAACUUGAGAAAACUGAAGACUGUAACCUUCUAGAGCCAGAAAGAGCAAAUGAAAAGCUGCUUUAUGAAUCUCCUCGAAACUUUGCCGAUUGGGAUGGCCCUAUAGAUAGUGAUGUGUGGGAUAGUCACAUAAGUUAUGAGGCAGCUACGAAUCCUGCAGGUCAGAGCACUGAGAACGGACUCCCAGAAGCCCUUUCACCAGGAAAUUAUGACAGAGACAGCCUCUCCAGUGAGUGUACUCAUUCAAGUGUGUCGAGUCCUGACCUAAAUGAUUCUUCAGUUGCUUUGUCCUCCUGGACCCAUGGACCUGAUAUUGAACUUCAGAAAGAGGAUCAAGACGGCAGGAUCAAGAUUCACCAAGAAUCAGAACUAUUUUCCACUGAAUCCCAAGUAGAAGUCAUUACUGAAAUGAAGGACUUUGCAAAAAACAGAAAGGAUGGGUUUGGAAAGAUGUCUGAUCACAAGGAUCCUAAAUUUCCCGAGAUUCCAAGUGAGUCCAUCAAUGGUGACUCAUCCUCUUCAUCCAGCCUUGGAACGGAUAAAUAUUCAGAAUAUUCUCAUGCAUAUCAGGAAGGAAAUGCAAUGAUUAGCCACCAAGAGGGAAAUGAACUUGACUUUCUGGAAGUUGUGCAGCCAGAGGAUCCUAGGAUCGUAGCCACAAGCUCCGGUUCUGAUGAUGAUAGUGAGGGUGACGAAGAGUUGGUAGAGAAGGACCUCCAUUUGGCCACAUGCCAAGUUUCUCAGAGUGAAUCUGGGGCUUGCGAUUCAUUGCAUGAACCUGAGUUCUUAACCACAGAGGAUCCCAAGUCUGAGUUUUCUGUCUUUGUGGGUAGUUCAGAGCCAAUAGAGCAAGAGAGCAAGUCAAACCCAUUCUGUGACAGUCAACAAAGCAGCCCUGGUCAGUGGAUUUUGUCACCACUCAUGCAGAUGAAUACACAGGGCACAUCUAUGGAGGCCAAAGCUGCAGGAAGAGGGAAGAUGGGAGACAGCAUAUGGCAGGUAUCUCCUGGAACCGAGCCCCAGGAUAGAGACCCUGCUCAAUUGGAAAUGCUUGGCUUCUCAGCUGACAGUAGUGAGUGGUGGAACAGCCCUCUACAGGAAGGGAGACCAAAUGCCAGUGUGUCUGCAGAGUUGUCCAACUCAGAGAGUGAGUUAGAGGCAACUUCUCCGGUAUUCCAGAAUUCAGGUCCCUGGGGUGUACCCAUUCAGAGUGAUAGUGAACCUGUGCACACAGGCAAUACAAGUCCUUUCAGUGAUAAACUAAAGUCACCCUUUCUAGACAGUAAUGGGGACAAGUCACAGGAGAAACUUUGGAACAUUCAACCAAAGCAGCUAGACUCUGAUGCCGAUCAAUUCAGUCAGCUCGUAAUAUUGAACCAAAUUAAAGACAAAAAUUCUGGACAACACACAGCCAUGUCCUCUGCCACUGGUGACUUUCCUGCAGAAACUCUCACCCAAGAGCAGUGUCAGGAAUCCAUGCUGUCUGUCUGGGACCCUGCAGAUCCAGAAUUUACUAACAGAGAUGAAAAUGGAUUCAUCAGCCCUGGGGUUUCACCCACAGAGUGCCAACAAGAGAACUGGUGGGAACAAGGAAAACCCUAUCUCAGCCAAGUGACAGGUUCAAGCACCGCCACACAAAAUCUCCCUGCGGCCAAUGUUACCACACAACUGAUAAAGAAGUCGGGUUCUGAAUGGGAGAGCCCCAGCCCCAGUGAGCCCCAACAUAACUUUGUCCCAGAUAUUUUACACGGCAACUUCCAAGAGGGUGGGCAAGUGGCCUCAGCUUCACCUGACUUGUGGAUGGACGUCAAACAACCUUUCACUUUUCAAGCAGAUGCUGAGAAUCCUGACAUACUGACUCACUGUGACCAUGACAGCGACUCUCAGGCCUCCAGCAGCCCGGAUGUGUGCCAUGAUUCUGAAGGAAAGCAAGAGAUGGAGAGGCACACAGCCGUCUACCUGGGACCUGAAGUGGAACCCAGUGAGUGUUACCUCGCUGAGCCAACAAUGAAUGAUGACUCUAUUCGGGAACCUGGGAAGGAAUCCCUCCCACGCAAUUCAGAACCCCGUUCUGAACACGCAAUAGCACUGCCUCCAAUCAACAGUCAGGCGGACAUAAACGGCUCAUCUAAGCAUGCCUCUUCCAAAAGUGCCUCAGAACCUUCUGAUACGCAUGGAGACAACAACACAGGCUCAACAGUGUUAGAGGAAGACGCCAACCCAGAGGGGGAAGCGGUGGACAGGAUGGUCCCAGGCACUGGAAAUGUAGAUGCUGACACUUCUGUAACUCGCCAGGAGGUCAGUACAGAAGGCAACGGCUCUUGGGUACCAGACGAUCUUUUUCCUGAAAGUCAGACAGGCACUGGAGCCUUGCUUGACUGUGAGCAGCCUUUUGCCUCUGAGAACCCUGCUGUGCUCACUGACAUCUUGCUAGCCUCAGACACCUGCCUGGAUGUAAGCGAAGCUGCCUUCGACCACAGUUUCAGUGAUGCCUCAGGCCUCAACACUUCCACAGGCACUAUAGACGACAUGAGUAAGUUAACUCUGUCAGAGGGCCAUCCUGAAACACCACUCGAUGGGGAUGCAGGGAAGCAAGAUAUCUGUUCAUCUGAAGCUUCCUGGGGUGAUUUUGAAUAUGACGUCAUGGGCCAGAAUAUUGAUGAGGAUCUGAUGAAAGAGCCUGAACACUUCCGCUAUGGUGGCGAUCUUCCAUUUGAAGAAGGCACGCUGAAGCAAUCGCUGGCACCAUACACACCCCCCUUUGAUUUGUCCUACCUCACAGAACCUACUGGUGAUGCUGAAACAGCACAGGAAGCUGGGUCUCCAGAUGAUGCCUCUCUGGGGAGUGACGCAGCGGAGAUGUUGCUUUCUGCUCUUCCUGAUCAAAGGGAGGAAAACCACUCUGAGACCAACAUCAGGCAGCCUAGACACCAGAUGACUGUGCUGCAUAUUCAUGAAGACCCUGAGGCUCUCUCUUCACCUGUAGGAGGAACAGGUUCCAACGUAGAGUCAUCUCCAUCAAACAUUGACUGGGAAAUAGAAACAGAAGAUAAUUCAGAUUCACCAGCAGGUGGCGAUAUGAGAUCACCAAACGGUGUCAGCAAAGAGAUACUAGAGUUAGAAGAAGAGAAAGUAAUUCCCGCAAAAGAGCCCCAGCAGACAGAAUUAGAAUGUGUUAGAGAUAAAUGGGCAGAGAAAAGCGAAGACCUUCAUGCACUAGCUGUGGAUUACAUACUUGUAAGCCAUGAAAAAGAUUCACCAUUGAAACCAGAGGCCUGGGAAGCAAGAGAAAACUUAUCUGAAUUAGAACAAUUAUCCAUAGGUUCUGGAGAAUCACAGCCACCAGACACUCAGUUAGCAGGGGUCCCAGGCACAUGCCAGCCUGAGUCUUUCAAUGAAGUCAAAGUUGGUUCUGCAGAGAGAAUGUCUUCCGACCACAACAAGAGGGCAUCUUUUGAAAUUCCUGCACAGGAGCAGAGCUGGAUGGUCUUGGGACACAGUGAGGUUGGUGAUCCAUCCUCAGAAACAAGGGAUUCCAGGCCUGGGUCUCCUGACAGAACUAUGGAGCAGUUCUUGAGUCCCAGCUUGGACAAGGGCCCCCAGUCCCAGGUUCUGGGAGGAAAUAAGCCUCUAGAUCCUUUAGUACUAGAGGAAGUCACUGGUUUGAGCAGCCAAUCAAGGAAGAGCAGGAGACGAGGUCAAGCUGGUCUAGAUGCAGUUCCAUCACAGGCCGCCACCCACGACAAUGAAUGGGAAAUGCUUUCGCCACCGCUGUCCCAGAAAAACAGGAUCCCUCCACAGGAAAUGGAGGAGGAGACACAGUUCCUUGAGCCGAGACCCAGGAAGCCAAAACCAAAUGGAUUCCCGUUGGAGGAUGUGGGAAUGGAUGUCCCCUUCCAGGAGGGAGCGCUGAGCCCCAGCGCUGCAGACAUGAGGCCUGAACCUCCUAACACCCUGGAUCUCAAUGGCAGUCACCCUCAGAGAAUCAAGCUCACGGCCCCAAAUAUCAACCUUUCUCUGGACCAAAGCGAGGGAUCAAUUCUCUCUGAUGAUAAUCUGGACAGUCCAGAUGAGAUUGACAUCAAUGUGGAUGACCUCGAUACUCCUGACGAAGCAGAUUCUUUUGAGUACACUGGCCAUGAAGAUCCCACGGCCAACAGAAGCUCUGGCCAAGAGUCGGAGUCUAUUCCAGAGUAUACAGCUGAAGAGGAGCGAGAAGACAACCGUCUGUGGAGGACAGUGGUGAUCGGGGAACAGGAACAGCGGAUUGACAUGAAGGUCAUCGAGCCCUACAGGAGAGUCAUUUCUCACGGAGGAUACUAUGGGGACGGUCUGAAUGCCAUCAUUGUGUUUGCCGCCUGUUUUCUGCCAGACAGCAGCCGAGCAGAUUACCACUAUGUCAUGGAAAACCUUUUCCUAUAUGUAAUAAGUACCUUAGAGCUGAUGGUAGCUGAAGACUACAUGAUCGUGUACUUGAAUGGUGCAACCCCAAGGCGGAAGAUGCCCGGGCUAGGCUGGAUGAAGAAAUGCUACCAGAUGAUUGACCGACGGUUGCGCAAGAAUCUGAAGUCAUUCAUCAUUGUCCACCCAUCUUGGUUCAUCAGAACAAUCCUGGCAGUGACGCGGCCUUUUAUAAGCUCAAAAUUCAGCAGCAAAAUUAAAUAUGUUACUAGUUUAUCUGAGCUCAGUGGGCUUAUCCCAAUGGAUUGCAUCCACAUUCCAGAGAGCAUCAUCAAGUAUGAUGAAGAAAAAUCUUUUAAGAGAAGUGUGAGACUGGAUGAAGAACUGAGGGAGGCAUCCGAAGCAGCUAAAACGAGCUGCCUUUACAAUGAUCCGGAAAUGACCUCUAUGGACAAGGAUAUCGACCUGAAGCUGAAAGAGAAGCCCUAGCCAGCCUGCCGGAGGAGGGAUCACUGCCUGCUUCGUGGUUCUGCCAGAACAGGCCUGCCUGGAAGAGACAGGGCUUGCUCUCUCCACUUUGCGCCACCUGCUGCCAUUGGAAAUGUCCAAGGGGGGGAAACGGGAAGAGAAUCUGUUUACUGUUAAGAUAUUUUAUGAAAUGUUGUGUAUUUUCCUAUUUUGCCAAUUACGUGCCUCAAUAAUUUUAGUUGAACCUUAGCAAGAAAAUAGGACCUUCCAUUUUAAUAUUAUGGUAACCCUUGGUGCAACGGGACUUGGUUCCUUAGACUGGCUUUUACCAAAAGCAUAGCCUAACUCUGCUGUUAGACAGAUGUGAAUACAGGUCCGUAGAUUGACUGAAUCUCCCUGUGGAGCUUGUUCUGGAUUUAAGAUACACAGGGCUUGCCUUGUCCCAGGAAUGUGGCUCUCUAGAACUCUAUGAAAUGCUGCGUCUGAUUAGGACAGACAGACAGAUAUGAAAUCCUCAUCAGCUAAGGCACCUGCUCCCUUCCUGUCCACUUGAGUCUUCUUUUAAUUUUUCAAAAGGAACCUAGGCUUUCUAACUCAUGUAAGCUUUACUUUACAUAGCUGUUUGUAAUGGCUCUUUUAGGACACUAUUUCCCUAAUGAUCUUUGAAGAACUUCAUAUUGUGAAACGUAAGAUGAACAUCAAAUUUUUAGUAGCUAACUAUGCUUCAGGCUACAAAGCAGGUUUGAGCCUUUAAACUUCAAAUGCCAGCUCCAAGGUGGCCCACUCAAACGUUGUUUGGCAACAUUGACUCAUCCAAAAUUAACUCUCAUAUGCAUUGCAAAAGCAACCUGCUUUAAGAGGUUUAAAAUUCAGUGCAAGUAUAUACUAGCCUUUAUGAAAUAGUCUGUUUCUGGUUUUUAUAUGCCCUUUAAAUUGCCGGUGUAAUUUCUAAUCUGUGGAUCUCUAGCAGAGGCUUCCAAGCUGUGCCGAGGGUAGGGCUGCACUAUAAGAGAAGGUUGUUUCCUUCAAUUAGUCAUAUUUAGCCAUACUAGGACAUUUUACAGAGUUUAGUAGCCUAAAAUAAAAUGCUACUGAAACACAGAGA